UUUGGAUGUCACUUUUGACAGGCCAGUCUUUUGUAAUCUUUACAAUUUGGAAGUUGAUGGAAUCAAAAUGACGACCCCAACAGCCCCCGUUCAAAUUCCAAAGAAAGGAAUUGUUAAACAGGUCUUAUCUGGAGACGCUGUUGUUAUUCGGAGCCUGAAUGGAGCCCCACCACCAGAGAAACAGUUGGCCUUUUCUGGAAUUACUGCCCCUAAGCUAGCAAGAAGGCCUGGAGCACCUGGCGAAGGCUCGGGUGACUCUAAGGAUGAACCUUGGGCAUGGGAAGCUAGAGAGUUUCUCAGGAAAAAACUGGUUGGACAAGAGAUCCUUUUUAUCUCUGAGAAACCUCCUAAUUCUACCAGAGAGUAUGGUACCGUGUUUUUAGGAAAAGAUAUAAACACUGCUGAGAAUAUAACUGAGUCAUUGGUAUCUGAGGGCCUUGUGUCAGUGAGGAGGGAAGGAGUGAGACCUACGGCUGAACUCACUCGACUUGGAGAGCUUGAAGAUGAGGCAAAGCGUGCAGGCAAAGGAAAAUGGAGUAGCAGUCCACUUUCGGAGCAUGUCAGGGAUGUUAAAUGGUCUAUAGACAAUUUACAAGUGUUCGUAGAGAAAAGUGGAGGCAAACCGAUUAAUGCUGUGAUAGAGCAUGUGCGUGAUGGUUCUACAGUUCGAGCAUUUUUAUUGCCUGAUUUCCAUUAUGUUACUUUAAUGAUUACUGGAAUCAGGUGCAACGGAUAUAAAUUUGACGAUCAAGGUAAACCUGAUCCGACACAAAAGGUCGAAUUUGCUGAUGAAGCUAGAUAUUUCGUGGAGGUACGGCUUCUUCAGCAAGAUGUGGAGAUUAUUUUAAACUCUGCUAAUAACACCACCUUAAGUGGCUCGAUUAUUCACCCGAAAGGAAACAUUGCCGAAAAGUUGUUGAGUGAAGGUUUCGCGAGAUGCGUUGAUUGGUCGAUUUCUGCACUUCCAACCGCUGAAAUUCAACAACUUCGUGCCGCAGAAGCAAAAGCUAGAAGCGAAAAUAAACGGAUAUGGAAGACCUACCAGGCUAAAACGCCUCAGAUAACCGGCAAAGAAAAAGAGUUUACUGCAACUGUAGUUGAAGUGGUGAAUGGCGAUGCUCUUCAGUUGAAGUUGGCUAAUGGUGCCUUUAAAAAAGUGUUUUUGGCCAGUAUCAGACCACCAAGGGAAGCUGGCAGAGCCGCCCCAGAAGAUGGAAAACCAGCACCAAGGCCAAAAGGUGAACUUCUGUCCAAAAACAGUUCAAUUCCAUUCAAUGAAUAUGCUUUAGGUUUCAGGCCUUUGUACGACAUUCCGUGGAUGUUUGAGGCCCGUGAAUAUCUCAGAAAGAAGCUCAUAGGCAAGAAAGUGCAUGUGGUCAUUGACUACAUUCAAGAGGCCAGAGACACUUUUCCUGAAAAGAGUUGCGCUACAGUGACAAUCAGUGGAAAGAACAUUGCGGAAGCCCUUGUGUCUAAAGGUUUGGCAACAGUCGUCAGAUAUAGACCAGACGAUGAACAAAGAAGCACUCGUUAUGACGAACUGCUCAAGGCUGAAUCUAAAGCUGAAAAAUCUCAACUAGGAGUUCAUUCCAAGAAAGAUAGUGCUCCUUUGAGGGUAACCGAAAUCGACGCCGCACGAGCAAAAUUGGAGCUGUCUGCCUUCCAGAGAGUUCAAACAAUUGACGCUAUAGUUGAAUUCGUAGCCAGCGGCUCGAGAUUCCGGGUGUAUAUUCCCAAAUCGAACAGUUUGGCCACAUUUUUAUUGGGCGGAAUUAGUUGCCCUAGAGCAACGCGACCAGCCACUGGCAAUCUUCCGGCAUCCGAAGGUGAAGAGUUCGGAGAUGAGGCUCUUUUGUUCACGAAAGAAAAAUGCCUCCAGAGGGAAGUGACAAUCAAGGUCGACACCCACGACAAAGCAGGAAAUUUCAUUGGAUGGCUCUGGGUUGAUAACUUAAACAUGUCUGUUGAGCUGGUGAGAGCUGGCUUUGCUUCAGUUCAUUUCACCGGCGAAAAAUCAGCGUAUGCUUCCCUGCUGAAACAAGCCGAAGACAGCGCAAAGAGUCAGAAAUUGAGACGCUGGAAGAAUUACGUCGAAGAAGAGCCCAAAGAGAAGCAUGUAGAAGAAGAGCGGCAUGUAGAUCGAAAAGUCAACUACGAAGAAGUGGUUGUUACGGAAGUUUCCGCUGAGGGUACGUUCUUCGCUCAAAAGUUUGCUGAUGGCCCUAAGGCUGUCGCCCUUCUGGCGAAACUUAGACAGGAAUUCGAAGCAAAUCCUCCUCUGCCUGGUGCGUAUACACCAAAAAGGGGCGAUAUUGCAGCUGCCAAGUUCACUUUGGAUGACGAGUGGUACCGAGUUAAAGUCGAAAAGGUUGCAGCAGGCAACGCUGUCGUACACUACAUUGAUUACGGAAACCGAGAGACCAUCCCAACUACACGUUUGGCCAGUUUACCAGCUGCUUAUUCUUCAGAGAAACCUUUCGCCGUUGAAUAUUCUUUGCCAUACGUCAUUUUACCUAAAGACGAGGAAUUCAGAGAAAUAGCUUUGAAAUACUUCAGAGAAGACAUAAGUGUGCCUAAGUUGUACCUCAACGUUGAAUCCAGAGGAGCUCAUCCACAAAGUGCGUCUCUGCAUAAAGACGAGUCCGGAACUACUGAUAUUAUCAGAGCUCUCAUUGCGGAAGGUUUACUGCUGGUGGAGAACAUCAAAAGUAAAAGGCCCAACAAGUUGCUGGAAGACUAUAGGGCCGCUCAAGAUGAAGCGAAAAAGGCUCACUUGAACAUCUGGGAGUAUGGUGACAUUACCGAAGAUGAUGCUAAGGAGUUUGGACUUGGAAACUAGCAUACUUUACCGGAGAUGGGACCAUUAAGUAAAUAAAAUCCACAGAGCAGUGUGCUUUUAUUUUUUAAUUUAAUUACAAUUUUAUUGUGUAAAACACUUUCGGAAAAUUCCUCUUUCGAUAUGAAUAUUUUGGUAACGGCUUGCGAUUCUAUAGCUUAUUUGAAUGGAUAUUUUUUAAAUGAGAAAAAAUGUUCAAAAUCAAAACGUUUUUCAAUAUGGUUAUACUGUAUGAGUAAAUUGCGGAAAUUUGAUGAAAUGCCUUAACUGUUCAAUUGCAAAGUACACAUUAGUCAGUUCCGAAUUUGAUGUGUGCUUGUUUCUGUCGGGACGUCUACUAAAUUGUGUGAAACUGAUUUUAUAUAUUUCCACUAGAUUUGGUGUAGACAAUAUAGUAAUUUUUUAUACAAUUAUGUGGAAUAUUUCCAUAUGCAGUGUGUUUAUAUUUUGUUUUCCUGAUGAAUGUAUAAUUUGGUAAGUUGGGAGAGGCUCUGGUUAACAAUAAACUGUUUACACAAA